AUGCCUACUACCACAGCAGAAACCCUUUCCCUCGUCACUCGAAACGUCUCUGUCGCACCCCUCGUGCUGCUGAGCGCCGUCGACCACUACAACAGAACCACGCAGAACCAGAUCAAGUCACGAAGAGUCGUCGGUGUCCUACUGGGUCAAAAUGAUGGGAAGAACGUCAGGGUGUCAAACAGCUUUGCUGUGCCCUUCGAGGAGGAUGAGAAGGACCCUUCAGUGUGGUUCUUGGACCACAACUACGUCGAGAACAUGAACGACAUGUUCAAGAAGAUCAACGCUCGCGAGAAGUUAAUAGGCUGGUACCACUCCGGCCCCAAGCUGCGCGCCUCCGAUCUCCAAAUCAACGAGCUGUUCAAACGGUACACGCCCAAUCCACUCCUGGUCAUUAUUGACGUCCAGCCGAAGGAGUCAGGUGUACCUACGGAUGCAUACUUUGCGGUCGAUGAGAUCAAGGAUGACGGCACAACCACCGCGAGGACGUUUGUCCACACCCCUUCGAUCAUAGAGGCCGAGGAAGCAGAGGAGAUUGGUGUUGAGCAUCUAUUACGAGACAUCCGAGACGUAGCCGUUGGCACAUUGUCGACUCGAGUCACCAACCAACUGCAAUCGCUGCAGGGUCUACACUUGCGCCUUCGCGACAUUGGCGCCUACCUUCAAAAGGUCCUCGAUGGCGACCUGCCCGUGAACCACGCCAUCUUGGGGAAUUUGCAAGACGUUUUCAACCUCCUUCCCAACCUCUUCACACCGGAAGCAACGGGCAAGGCCGGGUCUGGCGAGCUGUCGAAUGCGCUCAGCGUCAAGACCAACGAUCAGCUCAUGGCCAUCUACCUCAGCAGCUUGAUUCGCGCCAUCGCCGCAUUCCAUGACUUGAUUGACAACAAGAUCCAGAACAGGCAAUCGGCGGAGGAGAAGGAAGCCAAGAAGGAUGGUGCGGCGAACAAGGACGAAAAGAAGGAGGCUACGGAAGCGAAUGGGGACAGCAAGGAGGCGUCUCCCAAGGACAAGGAAAAGGAUAAGGAGAGCAAGGACAGGAAGAAAUGA